UUAUCUAUAUGAACACUAAUUAGAAUAGACACAUUAGCUGGGAUACAAAACUACAAGUAUGACAAAAGUUAGCAAAUGUCAAUAAUUCAUAAGAAACCACCUUUCUUUCUUUUUCCUUUUUGUUCUUUUUUUUUUUUUCCUUAUCACCCUUGACAAGAAACUUCUACCAACCUCACAGAAUAUAUACCAAAAUUAUUGAAACUGUUUUCUCCACACACACAAAUCAUAACAAAACACAGGCCAUCAUCAUUACUUGUAAACCAUAAAAAAAGUACUACUAUUAGUAUUAGUUGUAAGUAAUUAAACAUAAAACCUGUACAAUUAGAGAAAGGAUCUUGGCAUAAUCCCAAAAUAUUCUUUCACUCAAUUUGUAAAAGGACCCCACAAAGAUUGGUGUUUUUGACUCUUAGUUGCAGGUGUGCUGCUGCUUUUUAUCCCAUUUUCCCCUUCAGAGUGAUUUCUCUCUUUUUAUGUUUUAAAGUUAGCCCCUUUUUCUCCCUUUCUUCUAGUAUUUUUCUUGAAGUUUGUAUUGAUGAUGAUUACAGUUAGUGUUUGCCCAGUUGUUGUACCGGUAAUUUAAGGUCUUUUUACUAUUGUUUUAUGAAUAAAGUUCCAAUCUUGAUUAUUGAGUGAAUAAAGAUUCAUAAUUGUGAUUCUCCCAUCUGUUGUAGCCUUGGUGGAUAGAAUUACCUGAUAUAUUUGUAGUUGUUGCUGGUGGGAGUUGGCCGGUGGAUUUAGUCUAGGUGCGCGAAAGAUGGUCAGGACAGCAUGGUUAUACAAAAGAGACUCAUAAUCUUGAUUAUUGAGUUAGCUCAACUGGUUUACAAAACCUUGUAAAAUCCAAUAUGUGCUCUACAAGAAAUGACCGAUUUGCUGAACAGUGUUGUCAUUCAUUUUCUUGAAAAAUAGUUGGUCGUUGUUGAAUUGUUAGAAGAUGAGUGUUUGGUAGGGACCAAUGUCAGUUGCCUGUUGUGUUCCAGUUGUUGAAUGUGUAUAUUGUUUAGCUUGUGUACGUUGGGUGUGGAAGAAGUUCCUUUAUACUGCUGGCCGUGAAAGUGAAAAUUGGGGACUUGCAACUGCUAGUGAAUUUGAGCCAGUGCCAAGGUUUUGUAGAUAUAUUAUAGCAGUAUAUGAGGUUAAUAUUAGAAACCCCAUAUGGACACCACCUGGAGGAUAUGGCAUUGAUCCAGAUUGGGUGAUUGUAAAAAGAAGUCAUGAAGAUACCCAGGGGAAAGUAUCUCCUUAUUUAAUCUAUGUUGAUCAUCAGAAUGCUGAUAUAGUUGUAGCAAUUAGGGGUCUUAAUUUGGCUAAGGAGAGUGAUUUUUUGGUCUUACUCGACGAUAAACUCGGGCAAGCAGAAUUUGAUGGGGGGUAUGUUCAUAAUGGUUUGUUAAAGGCAGCUGAAUGGGUUUGGGAAGCUGAAUCACAAGUUUUAAAGGAAUUAGUGGAGAGGUAUCCCGAUUAUACCUUGACAUUUGCUGGGCAUUCUUUAGGAGCAGGGGUGGUAACGCUAUUGACGAUGUUGACUGUGAAGAACAGAGAAAAGUUGGGGCUCUUAGACAGAAAAAGGAUCAGGUGUUUUGCAAUUGCUCCUGCAAGGUGUGUCUCACUGAAUUUGGCUGUGAGAUAUGCGGACAUCAUAAACUCUAUUGUACUUCAGGAUGAUUUCUUACCUCGGACCACUGUAGCACUGGAAAAUGCUUUCAAGUCACUUUUCUGUUUACCAUGCUUGAUGUGCAUAAUGUGCCUGAAGGAUACAUUCACCAUGGAGGAGAAGAUGCUAAAAGAUCCAAGGCGCCUUUAUGCUCCAGGUCGUCUUUAUCAUAUUAUUGUCAGGAAGCCCUUCAGCUUUGCUAAUAUUAAACCCAUUGUGAGGACUGCUAUACCUGUUGAUGGACGAUUUGAGCACAUAGUUCUUUCAUGCAACAUGACAUCCGAUCAUGCAAUUAUUCGGAUAUUGACAGAAGCACAAAGAACUAUUGAUUUGAUGUUGGAGAGACAUCAUAGUACAGAAUCUAUGAGUAUCCCCGUUAAGCAGAGAAUGGAGCGACAGGCAUCUCUCGCUAAGGAGCACAUGGAAGAACACAGGGCUGCUUUGCAAAGGGCAGCAGCACUAGAUGUGCCCCAAGCAUAUUCUCCUUCUGCAUAUGGAACUUUCCGCGACAUAGAGGAUGGGCAGGCUUUUGGAAAACCGGGGGAGUCCUCUCUCACAAUUUCCAAAAAGAGAGAAAGCUGGGAUGAUUUAGCAGAGCGUCUUUUUUCACACAGAUGAGUAAGGGUGAACUAGGUUGAAGCAGCAAUAGAUUUGUCAGUAUCAUAUUCACUCUUUGUUCGUUAGCGUCUCUUGGAAUACAUUUAAUGCCCACGUAUAGAUUAGUAGGUCGGCGUUUAGAAGAGAACUGGCAAACACGUCCCUUGUUAGUUCACUAGUUGCAUCAAUUACUAUGAAGGAUAGCAUGUACCAAGAUCACAUCAGUUACCUCCGAGGGACAAUUUUGGGUGCCCAAACAUCAAUUACAGUAAAUAUGAGAUGAAUCAAAGUUCAGGUCUCGAUUACGUAGUUGAUGUAGUAAUUGCCUUAACAUCUUUUGCAGAUCCAAAGAUUGUUGAGCUGAA